AUGUCGACCUACACCGAGCUGGAACACUUCAGCAGUGGUGGAUGGCUGACCUCAGCAGCAACGGUGCCCCAGAUUCGGAAAACCUCUGCCAACGCCUCCUUUCUUAGUCUGGGCGGUUUGGCGGGUGCUGCUGCUGGUGCUGCCACUUCGGCUGCUGGCCCUUUGGGCGGGGCCGUGGGCGGUCUUACUGGUGGGCUUUCUGGGAAGUCUGGCUCUGGUCAGACUUUGAUGCCGGAGCCCAAAGCCGAAGAUCCGCGGGACCGCUUCAAACUGAUGUUGGAUUUCAAGCGCACGGGCUACCCCGACGACCAUUAUCCUCAACCAGAUGCUGGCAGCCCUGGCCAGCUUGCCUUCGCAGCGCUGCAUUGGUCGAGACAUGAGGUCGCCAAUGCUUUGCGGGCCAUGGAAAGCAUGCGCUUCGUGGAGCAGCAAGCCCAAGUUGCAAAGGCGAUCGCAGACAAAGCCGCAAUACAACUCACCUACCUCAUGGAAUCUCCGUGCCUCAGAGGGGUGACGCAGCCUGCGAGCGCUGCAAGCACACCGCCUGACCUCCAAACAGGCCUUUGGCCAAUGCAGUCGAUGUGCCCCCUAGUCUUGCACAUCGCUGCUUUGCGCUGCAGGACGCCUGAGCAGGACAGGCAGAAAGGCCUCCACUUUCUGUGA